AUGGAGCCGACAACAAUAAAGCAAGGGUGUGUGAAUGUUUAUAAGUCCGCUGACUUUAACGGUGUUGCGCCGCAGAAUGUUGGAUCUGGUGGGUACUGGAGUGAACACGUACCGCUGAAUGUGGCCGUUGCAGUCAGCCCAAGUGAGUCAGCCGAUAGAUUGGCGGGGGUAGCGGGUUUGAGCUUUUCUACUGAAGCAGCAUGUGGCCUCGCGCGUCGAUUUUGUUUCGAGCAGUUCGUCAGUAUUCGCCGUCCUCGGCGUUUGGAGAACGAGCAAUUCGAGGACCGCAACUCAGCAUCUAUCGCAAAUCUGGAGAAAGGUACUUCAAUGCUGGACAGGCCGAUAGAAUUUCACGGAUUUGGUGUCGAGUGGUGGAUCCGCAGUGACCAACGAGUCGUGGGUUCAGGAGUGAAACCAUCCCAACUUCGUGGUGCUGAUGGUAUCUUCCGCAUCGAAAUCAGAUGUAGGCGAAGUGAACUCUUUGGCGUACGCUUCCUCGGCAUUCACUCCCCGAUACUGAAAGCUGGAAGAUGCUCAAUUCAGCAAAAGGGCAUACGCUACCUAUCGCAAGCCGUAGGGACUUACUCGUCCGCUGAACUAGUUUCACGUUUGCCGUUUACAUUAUCCCGACAAAUGAUGCGGGCGCAGCCAAUAAUGAAGUCAAGAUUUUUGCACAUGAAGAAUACUCCUGCCGUGCCACAAGACCCGUGGCUGACCACUGACUACCCCCAAUUCAAUCUCGUGGUGCCAAACAUACCUUUCGGAUCGAAAUUCAAGUUGGGCCAAGUGGACACUUUCGCCAGUGCGCACUACCGAAAGGGCCGCCCAAAUGAGUCGACGGAUAGGUUGGCGGGGAUGGUCAACUUGGAUUUUGAGGGGUUGCGGAUUGUCAUCGUGCGAUUCCUACCUGGGUUUUCUUUCCUUACCAACCAGAUAAUGAUGUUCAUCAACUAUCGACCCGUCGACUUUGUUUUGGGCGCGUCCUCGGUAUUUCCCGUUCCUGGGUUGCUUUUUGCAGUUGCAAAUCGAGCAUCACUAAAUGUACCGCAGGCCUGGAAAACAUACUUCACUGCUGGACAGGUCGAUAUAAUUUCAUAG